UUAUAAUAUAUAUAUAUAUAUACAUGGGUAACUCAGGAUCGGUAAAUUAUUUAGUGAAAGUCGACGAGGUGCAAGUAGAUAGAAUUCAAAAGUUACACCAUAUAAUCAAAAGUUGUUUUAAUAACACAAAUUAUUCUGCACCAAUUUCUAAAGAUUUGGAACGUGGUAUUGAAGUGUUGGACAUCGGAUCGGGUCCAGGUACAUGGAUAUUUGACAUGAGCUCGGAUUAUAAAAAAUCGAAAUUCACAGGAAUAGAAAUAGAAUCAUCCAUUGUACCAGCAAUCCUCCCAUUUAAUACAAGAUUCAUAUAUCAUAAUGUAUUGGAUGGAAUACCAUUUUAUCCAAAUUCUUUCGAUUAUAUAUUUAUGAGAAGUAUGGUACUUUGUUUUAAUGAAUCACAAUAUGAGCAAAUUAUAAAAGAAUCCAUUGAUUUACUUAAACCUAAUGGUUAUUUGGAAUUAUGUGAAGGAGAAGUUAUUUUUCAUAAUAUGGGUCCUAUUUCUCGAAGAAUUUUUUAUUCAAUGGAAAAGAUAUUACGAAAUAGAUCUAUGAAUCCACUCAUGUGUAAUCGUUUACAUGAAUUUCUUGCGAAACAUAAAUUAAGACACAUUCAACAAGAGGAUGUAAUGAUACCAUUAAGUCCUUUAAAUGGUAAAAUUGGUGAAUUACACGGAUUAAAUGCUUAUUAUUCUUUGUAUGGAAUGAAAGAUGUUUUAGCAAAACAUAUGAGACUGUCAAAAUGGGAAACGGAAAGAUUAAUCGAAGGUUUUCUUGACGAAACUAGGACAUAUCAAAUGUAUUGUAAAUAUACGAGGGUUUACGGUAAGAAAAUUGUCACGUAAAAUUAUUAAAUAAUGGUCAAAUUGGUAUUUGUUGAUAUCUUAUUAUUUUAAUUUAUUUAAUAAUGUAUAUUUUUAAAAAUGAGGAAUUAUGUACAUAUUUUAUUAAUUAUUGUUGAUUUUAUUAUUUAAAAUAUUUAAUAAAUUAAAUAUUUG